AUGAUAAGGACCGAACACCGUAUACACGCGAACGAAAUGUCCAGAGUACCGACCGCGACCGUGAAUAAGAAGUACAGAAUGGUCGAUAGACCGGAAAAGAUUGCAAACUCGCAACUCACUAGGCUCAGCUGGAAACGUGUUGUGUACACUAGUGUAACUGUAAUACGUUACAGUGUGUCAGCAGCCUCCGACGCCUCCGUCCGUGUUUGUUCAAAAAACACCUGUUAG